AUGGAUCGCGUGGCGUUCGUAGGAUUAUUGGGUCCAUAUCCGCGGCCGUCAGUGAAGAGGUCGGGUGGGUGGUGCUCGUGCCUGAGGUGCGCUGGCCUCACUCUCACAUGUUCGGCAAUGGACAGCUGGUCCGAAAACUCACGUCAUGAUCCGGUUCCGAGAGGUGAAGUGAAGCAACACGCUUUGCUUUGCUCUCUUCUGCUUCAAACAGAAUAUCAUCCAGUAGUGAAUCUUUCUGGCGACAAUACUGUUCUCCCUGUCGUCACUGCCCACUUCAUGCCAAAGAGUAUGGCCUUGACGCUGCCCGACUUAGCAUCUACGCCUUGGGUGCAAUAUCAAAGCCUGUUCAGCUACCAUGCUCAUUCCUCGCGCGAUAGACAACAAGUGGAGCCCGAUGCGAUCAGCAGGCCGUUGUCGAGGCUGACACUAGAUCCUGGACGACGAAUGAAUGGAGAGCGUCCAGUCGCCGACGACAUACGACGUGAAGACCUCAGCGGCCAGCUCACGCCAGUCUUGAGUGACCUCAGGACGGAGACCAUCUACUCCCACAACCUGGCUAGUGGACACGCAUUCCAGCUCAACGGCAACGUGCAUCUUCAUUUCCAUGGCCCAGUGCACACAGUAACAUCUGACCUGGCUUACAUACAAGAAGUCACCUUGCAGCACCAUGGAAGGGCAACAUUUUACGAAUCUGAGGCCGAUUCAGACAUCGAUCAAUUCUUUGACUGCAUCGUGUCUGCUGACGAUAUCACUCCUGUGACAUCGCUCUACUCAUACUUAUUGCCCUUUAGGCCGCUUGUCGCGUCGACACACGGAACUUCUCAUCGCUCAUUCACUCACCACAUACCCACCGUCCAGCUCAGGACCACACAACAAGAGGCAGGAGAAUUUCUACAUGAGUCCAUGAUACCGGCUCGUGGCAAUUACGAUGACAGAGACGCUUCAGAUUUCCACGUGCCGAACGGCCACUCGGACCAUGGUUUAUCUCAGAGCCAGCAAUGGGAUCUUGCCACUGAACGCAGUUUACUUGUCCAAGACCAAGUGUUGCAGAUCAUGCAGGCAUUCACAAGCCAUGAAAGACACAGAUACUCUCCACCUUACACCAAUGGGCAUACAAGCACAGCGUGGCAGUUCUGGGAGGCCCCACACAGCGUUUCGCGGACUAGACGAAGCAAAAGUUCGAGACACGUGAUAAGUCUGCGACCAUUGUUCGCAUCACUAACCUGGCACAUUUCAAUCACGCGUGACAUUGAAGGUUGGAGAAUGAGCUUGAGGACGUUCAGAAUUGUGGAUGAGAGCGCCCCAAUUUUUAAACACUGCAAGAGAGGCGACUUGGACCGCGUGCGGGAGCUUUUCUCGACCUGUGCAGCUUCGAUGUACGAUAUUCAAAAUGUCACGGGCUAUAUGCCAUUCCACGUAAGCAUCCAGCCACCAUACCUUGACGUAGCCAGUACUGACGCACUUGGCAGUACGCUCUUCAUUACCGUCACGAAAAACUUUGGCUUCUUAGUGCCAGAUUUGUGCUGGUGGUAUUUCUACCAAAGCGAUGACGAUGAUGGCUUAGCACGGAUGCGCAAAAUCAUGCAAGCUCUUGUGGCGAGCGGCUUUCUGGACUACUCUGAAUUGACCGACACGCAACAUGAAUCUCCCUCCUUCUGGUCUCGCUGCGAGGACCUGGAGUGUUUACGCAUGAUUUUAGGAGAACUCCCUGCAUUGCCUCUACAAGUAAGAUUCCACCAUGCCUGCCAGAUAAGUCGGGGAGAAGAGCGUGGACCGUUCUUCGUCAAAACAUUUCUCGAGGCUUGUGCACUUUCCAGUUUCCACCAGGAUUUGGCAAAUGUCGUUACAGGAAAGGGCGACAGCUUCCUACAUCUCAUGAACGUCAGACGACUUCGCGUCGGAAAGGACUGGUACAAGAUGUUCAAAGCUGCAAUUACUGCCGGUGCUAAACUACAUCACCAGUGCGAGCAGGGAUUCACGCCGUUCAUGGCUCUUUUGAGAAGCGCGUCGUCGAUGGAGGAAUUGGUCGGUGCGCCAAUUCUGUGGACGCAAUUGCUCAGAAGACUCAAAUUUGACCUGAAUGCAUACGGUCGGAGGGAAAAUGCAAUUUGGGAAUCUGGUCCUCCUCUGCAGGUCUCAACCAGAAGCAUGCGUAUCAAGAUUUCUGGCUUCAAUUAUGGUCCGCUUCCGGCUGACUGGACUCUGGAACUUCGCGCCUGCCAGGAUGGACCUGUGGAAGUGGUUGCGCUGACCUUUUCAGGCAAGCAAUGUCUUGCCACUGCGGACUAUGUAGGCAAGCUCGCUGGAAACAUGGAUCAGAAUGGGGGACCGUAUCAUCGCAUCACACAUGCUGAUGAAAGACGGAGUGCCUCAAGUUUUGACUGCACGGCAGGGCCUCCAACACUGUCGAGUCGAGUAAUGGUUUUCGAAGGUGCCGAUGGGCCCACGACCACCUUCCACUGCUACGGCCAGGAGCCUGGUGAUUGUGAGCGUCCUUCAUCAGGUAGGGUGCUAUUUGUGUUUUCGGCACACGCCUGCUGGAAAGAAAGCCUGGCAUUCUCGAUGCUGCAAGCGGCUGAGAUCACUUCGCCAUGUCACCGUGCUAAGAUUCCCAUGACCUCUCCAAUUCAACCUCUUGAGAGUAGAGUCGAAGAGAUAACCACGCAACGGCCAGCACAGAACAGCGCGAAAUGCAAGUACCCACUUCACUUCUGCUAUCACUUCGCGCCCCCACACUUAUUUGAACCUUGUUCUUUCAUUGCAAAACAACCCAUCCGUCGAUUUCAAAGCGAUAGGGCACAAGAGAUGAAGCGCCUCCAUUCUCAAGAUGGAGACGACUCUCCAGAAGCGCUCAAUAGAGACACCUGCAAGAAGAGCAAGAAAGAUGAGACUCCGAACGACGACUCGGACAGAAUAGCCCGCCGAGAUUUCGCCAUUGUUCCACCAGAGUGUAAAGUGCUCGAUGCGGCGCGGCACUCAGAGCUUCAACCGCGUUUGCCACGGUAUUUGGUCCAAGUUGGCCCACCCAUGGCAGGUGAAGCCAGCCUUGGCAUUUUCAUUAUGCCCUACUGGAACGCUCAGCUCCAGCGAAACCUGAUCAAAGUGCUUCAUGUGGUUACCAAUAAAGAGGGCAAGCUUGUCCGCUCGGAGCCAGGACACUCGAACCUGGUAUACUUCACUCCAUCUCUUCACGACAUCUUCUGGAGCGAAGCGGGCAGGAGCCGCUGGUCUCAGGGCUCUGAUCAAAAGAAGGCAUGGGACAACUGGAUGGUCGCGGUCUGGGAGCACAUUGCUGGUGGGGAUGCGCCUAGGUUAUCACGUGAAACGACUGCUGUACGAAAGCAGCAACAGAAGGUUCAAGCUCGCGCCAACAUUGGCAAUUUGACCUCGACCGCACCCAAGAGUUGCUCAACAAUUUCGUUCGCUGCUUCGUCACUUACUGAAGACGAUUCCGAUGUACGUAAACACUAUGGACGAGCAAGAAGUAGUGUUCAAGAGCAACUAGCCAUUUCAGCUAACCAUCUAUCGCAGAAGACGCAUGCACCGCCGCUAGAACCAAAACGCAACCUUCAAGCUGACCUUAUCACCACCCAACAUCGAAAGACCAAGGUUCUUGCAGAACUAGAAAAGAAUCGAGCCGAAAUCAAGACUCUCAGAAAGGAAAUUGCCUGUGAGAAGGUCCUGGGACAGGUUAUGGGCCGUGGAAAAAACCGGGUCCACGAUCUCAACGCCAGAUUGAAUGCCACGAUAGAUACUACAGCCAAUCUUCGUGAUAUGCUGGUCAGCUGA